GCGAUUGUAUAACAUCAGGCAGUUGGUUCGGCAGUUGUUGUAUGAUAUCCCAACUGUUUCCAUUAGCAUGAACCACCACCUGAAAGUCACGUACUUUGACAUUGCUGGCCGGGCCGAAACCACGCGCUUGGCGUUGACCAUCGCGGGCGUGCCGUUCGAAGACGAGCGCGUAAGCCGGGGGCAGUGGCAGGCGCUGAAAGCGAGUUUCCCCUUCCGGCAACUGCCCGUGCUGACCGUGGACGGCCAAGUGCUGUGCCAAUCCCACGCCAUCGCUCGAUACGUCGGGUGUUUGACGGGGCUAUACCCCACUGAAAAUCGGUUGCUGGCGUGCCGAGUGGACGAAAUCACCGACUACGUUGAGGACAUCAUGCACAAAGUGUACCCAACUGUUCACGAAAGCGACCCAGGGAGGACCAAGGCGAUGCGUAUGAAGCUGGCCACGGUGACGUUCCCCGAGAUGUUUGGGUUGUUGGAGGCGCGGCUGACGUCGUCGGGGGCAGCUGGCCCGUGGUUUUUGAGCGGCAUUACGCUGGCCGACUUGGACGUCUACAACUUGGUACGCAUGAUGAAGUCUGGCGUACUGGACCACAUUCCAGUGAAUAUCUGCAGCGACUACCCCAAGAUGAUGACCAUUUUCAAUGCCGUGGCAAGCCAUCCGGCAGUCGCUGCGUGGAACAAAGCGCACACAAAGGUGGUGUAGCUAAAAAAACUUGUAGUGGUAUUUGACUGUUUGAAAACAUGUUCGAUUUGCAUUUAAACGAUGUCAAACAAGCUACACUAUACUUCGCCAACAAGCGAUUCCUUUGUUCAGUGCUGGGAAGCAUACCACGCCACGACCUUGUGAUGGGAGUGUACAGCGCGGUAGAUAGAAGGGAUGAUCGGGUACACGUCACUCAUGUCU